CAUCCGGUUUGCCAUUCGACCGGCACCAUGAACGGCACUCUUGCGCUCCCAACGGUGAAGAUGACAGGUGUAUGUUUGGUCGGAGUUUACUGCAAGACAUCGCAAACAGAGGCUUCAAGCUAGUAAUAGCUGCUGGAAGACGUCGCUGUUGGUCACUCACAGAUUAGCAAGCUCCUGACAUUACCAGUGAGUCAGUGGGACAUGUCGACCCUGCGCUUUGGACAGCAUCUCAUCAAGGCCUCGGCUGUGUUCCUGCAGACUGAGCUGUCAUUUGCUCUGGUCAACAGGAAGCCUGUGGUGCCUGGACAUGUGUUGGUGUGCCCUCUGAGACCAGUGGAGCGUUUUCGAGAUCUUCAGCCGGAUGAGGUGGCAGAUUUAUUCAGCGCCACUCAAACAGUCGCCAACCUGGUGGAGAGGCACUUCAACGCCACUUCGCUCACCAUUGCCAUCCAGGACGGUCCUGAAGCCGGACAAACCGUGAGGCAUGUCCACGUCCAUGUGCUGCCCAGGAAGAAGGGGGACUUUGAGCAGAAUGACAGCGUCUACGAAGAGCUGCAGAAGCAUGAUCGAGAAACUGAGGACAUUCCCUCCAAGUGGAGAUCCGAGGAGGAGAUGGCAGCAGAGGCUUCAGAUCUGAGGAAUCGGCUCCAAAAUCUCUAAAUGGAAAAUGGUCAAUACAUGCCAGGGUCAGCAGUGACUGGAAGAUGAUGUGAACACCUGAUAUUUAUGUGGAACAAUAUUAAUAUUCACUCACAUCUUGACUGUUUUGUAUUGGUGCAUGGCUUUUAUGUAUCUCUUUUCCAAAAUAAAAUGUAAGUAAGUUUU